CCUAGCUGCUUUACCUUCCUCUCCCUUCAAUCUUUCUUCCAUAUUUUCUUUUCUUGGCAAACAAACAAAGUUUCAGCCGGUCAAGGAACCCAAAAAAAUAAAAAAGCACAAAAACUUUCCUCACUUCUCAAGCCUCUCUUCCAUCCAUCCAUCCAUAUAUAAGUAGGUAUACAAACCCAGAGAUUCAAUCAAUUCCCAAACAAACCUUUCAUUUUGCUUCUCAAUACUUUGCUGCCUCAUCACUUCUCUCUCCCCAACCCUAGCUAGUUAAUGGAACAAGCCAAUGCUUGCCAAGGAAAACCUCCCAGGCCAAAAUGGUUUCGCUCCAAGAUAAAAGUUGUUCAAGGUACUCUCCUUCUAUCAAUUUGUGUCUGGCUGGUGGUUCAAAUAACGAGCGACUUGCACGCCCACGAGAAUCCGAGCCAGCAACAUCGUCUCCUGGAUUCAGGGAAGAGCAGCAGGAAGCUGCUGUCGAGAAGGUGGAUCUGGGAGGACGAAGGAAACGAAGCAUGGGAGGAUGUGAUUGCGAGUGGGGACGAGAGGCUGACGAGGAAAGAGGACGGCGGCGGUGCGGGAGACGACGAGUUCGACGGCGACGACCAAGAAGACGUGGAGAGGAUGGUGAAACUUGCGCGACAAGCAACGUCGGAUUUUUCUGCCACGGUGAGGGAAUUGGACAGAGGAGCGGAUGCGUUUAACCAUGAGGUCAGUAAUGGUAAUGGCAACUCAUCCACAGGUGGCGUGAUAGAUUCAGAACUGCAUGAAUUUUUCGAGGUAGAGAGCAAUAACUAAUUUGUUCCAGCUUAGCUUGAAGAGGAUCAAUCGAGCGAGACCAUAAAAAUAAUACUCCUUUUAGGCCAAAAAAAAAAUGUGGACAAGUAGAGAGUUAGAAACUAAAGCAUGUGAUCGUUGUAUGGGUCUGAUUUAUUAACAGCUGAGAGAUGGUGAGACUAACUAAUAAUAUGCAGUACACUGCCCAAUUUGGCAUGCGAGUUGUGGCAAUUGGAUUAGAUCGUGCAUAAUUAAUUGUAUUUUGGGCCAAGUAAAACUGUUUUCGUGUG